UGGAGUUGUAUAAAGCGAGCGAGCGGUGGCGGGGCGGGAGGCUCGAGGCCAGCCCGGGACCGGGGCUGGGAGCUGGAAGGCGGCGGCGGCGGCGGCGGCGGAGGCAGUGAGUGCCCGCGCUCCGACGCCCCCAGGCGGUGGGGCUGAGAGAGCCCCAAGAUGGCUCCGAGCGCUGACCUCGGCGUGUUCAGGAUGUUAUUGUUCCUGCUGCUGCUGCGGUUUCUGCCCCCCAUUGAGGGGUCCCAGCGUGCUGAACCCAUGUUCACUGCAGUCACCAGCUCGGUCCUGCCCCCUGACUAUGACAGCAACCCCACCCAGCUCAACUAUGGUGUGGCAGUCACCGAUGUGGACCAUGAUGGAGAUUUUGAGAUCGUUGUGGCAGGGUACAACGGCCCCAACCUGGUUCUGAAGUAUGACCGGGCCCAAAAGCGACUGGUGAACAUCGCAGUGGAUGAGCGCAGCUCCCCUUACUAUGCACUGCGGGACCGGCAAGGGAAUGCUAUCGGGGUCACAGCCUGCGACAUUGACGGGGAUGGCCGUGAGGAGAUCUACUUCCUCAACACCAAUAAUGCCUUCUCAGGGGUGGCCACGUACACGGACAAGUUGUUCAAGUUCCGCAACAACCGGUGGGAAGACAUCCUCAGUGACGAGGUCAACGUGGCCCGCGGUGUGGCCAGCCUCUUUGCCGGGCGCUCCGUGGCCUGCGUGGACAGGACGGGCUCCGGACGCUACUCUAUCUAUAUCGCCAAUUAUGCCUACGGUAAUGUGGGCCCUGACGCCCUCAUUGAAAUGGACCCUGAGGCCAGUGACCUUUCCCAGGGCAUUCUGGCGCUCAGAGAUGUGGCUGCUGAGGCUGGGGUCAGCAAAUACACAGGGGGCCGGGGUGUCAGCGUGGGCCCCAUCCUCAGCAGCAGCGCCUCAGACAUCUUCUGUGACAACGAGAAUGGGCCCAACUUCCUCUUCCACAACCAGGGCGACGGCACCUUCGUGGAUGCUGCUGCCAGUGCUGGUGUGGAUGACCCGCACCAGCACGGGCGAGGUGUUGCCCUGGCCGACUUCAACCGUGAUGGAAAAGUGGACAUCGUUUAUGGGAACUGGAAUGGCCCCCACCGGCUCUACCUGCAGAUGAGCGCCCACGGGAAGGUCCGGUUUCGGGAUAUCGCCUCGCCCAAGUUCUCCAUGCCAUCCCCUGUCCGCACAGUCAUCACCGCCGACUUUGACAAUGACCAGGAGCUGGAGAUCUUCUUCAACAACUUCGCCCACCGCAGCUCCUCAGCCAACCGCCUCUUCCGUGUCAUCCGCAGGGAACACGGCGACCCUCUCAUCGAGGAGCUCAAUCCUGGCGAUGCCUUGGAGCCUGAGGGUCGGGGCACAGGGGGUGUGGUGACAGACUUCGAUGGAGAUGGGAUGCUGGACCUCAUCUUGUCCCAUGGGGAGUCCAUGGCUCAGCCGCUGUCCGUCUUCCGGGGGAACCAGGGCUUCAGCAACAACUGGCUGCGUGUGGUGCCUCGGACCCGGUUCGGGGCCUUCGCCAGGGGAGCUAAGGUUGUGCUCUAUACCAAGAAGAGCGGGGCCCACCUGAGGAUUAUCGACGGUGGUUCAGGCUACCUGUGUGAGAUGGAGCCCGUGGCACACUUUGGCUUAGGGAAGGAUGAAGCCAGCAGUGUGGAGGUGACUUGGCCAGAUGGCAAGAUGGCAAGCCGGAGCGUGGCCAGUGAGGAGAUGAACUCUGUGCUAGAGAUCUCCUACCCCCGGGAUGAGGACAGACUUCAGAGCCCAGCCCCACUGGAGUGCGGCCAAGGAUUCUCCCAGCAGGAAAAUGGCCAUUGCAUGGACACCAACGAAUGCAUCCAGUUCCCAUUCGUGUGCCCUCGAGACAAGCCUGUGUGCGUCAACACGUAUGGAAGUUACAGGUGCCGGACCAACAAGAGGUGCAGUCGGGGCUACGAGCCCAACGAGGACGGCACGGCCUGUGUGGAUGACAGAGCUGGGACUCAGGAUAACUGAGCGCAGCACUAGGGGACGGCAGACUGGUGCAGCCUUCUGACUCCCCCUUCCCACUCUUCCACCGCCUCCGUGGUCCCUGAUUCAAAACCGCAAGGCCCGGUGCAGCUCCAGGCUGCCGCACGCUGAGUUCUGCCAUCCGGCAGGUGCUGAAAUGACAAGCCCGUUAAAUAGCCCCUUAGAGGAAGAGCCGUGAGCUCGGCACUCUGCCCUGGGCUCUGCCAAGAGAAUAAAUUCUCCCAAAGUUGCCUGAGAAGGGUCGUGUGGAAACGUCAGAAGGCUGGACUCUGAAAGGAAGGAAAGAAACUGACGUUACCAAAUGCCUCUGUCAUGCCAGGCACAUUCUAGGCCAGUUUCUCAGAUUCCUCAAAACCAAUUGUUCUCAACCAUUUUUAGUGGGUGGUCACAUACUCCUUUGAGAAUCUGCUGAAACCUUCGAUCCUCUUCCCCAGAUAAAUGCAUGUUAUUUUGCAAAUAUGUGAAGGAGGUGGGUCAAGGUCAAGAGCUCCUGGUGUAAACCUGGGCCGUUUUAGGAUUUUCUUAGGUACCAGGGACGUUUCUUCUCUUUUGGAGGCCCCACCCCUCAUAUCAAACAUUGUCAUAUAUAUCCACAACUCACACUAAAUUACACACACACACAACCAGAGUUAAGUUGAAUUACAGUGGACUGUUUGACAGUAUUACAUUUUGUAGAUAUGUAACAAAGUAUUAAUUUCAGCUUUGUGUUUACUUUUCCUAUUUUGGACCCAAUAAACUUUUUUGGUAAAUUUUAUUGAAAUGUACCAUACCUAUAGAAAAAUACACAAAUCUUAAGUGUGGAGCUCAAUGAAUUCUCACAAGGUGAGCCUGUCUGUGUAACCAGCACUCUGCUGGAAAAACAGAGCAUGAGCACCCAAGAAGUCUCCCCAGGCCCCCUUCCAUUCACUAUGCAUCAUCCCAGGACAGCUGCUCUCUUAACGUCUAACACCAAAGAUUAGCUCUGCCUGUAUUAGAAUGCCUUACGAGUAGAACCAUAACUUGUACUCAUUUCCUGUCUUGUUGCUUUUGUGGAACUGAUAAACUUUUAUUUGGGCCUCACACAUCUUCCGAGGCCUGUAAAAAGGCUCAUAGGCUCUGGGCACUGUCAAAAUCGGGGCUUCUCGACCUUAUUUUCACUCUAGAACCUCCAGGAAGACUUUUAAAAAGCCCUAAUGUCUAGGCUGCACCCGAGAACAAUGAAAUCAGAAUCUCUGGGGAUAGGACCAGACAUCAGUGGUUUCUCUUGCUCCCUGGGUGACAUUGACUGCAGCCAAGGAUGAGAGGCACUGGCCCACACGAUUUUGUAAAGUAUUAGUACCCCUAUCUUACAGCUGGAGAGGACAGUGGGGCUCGAGGGGUCUCCACCACGUGCUACCCUCAUAAAGCCUGAAUUCCAAUUCACGUCUCACUAGGAGUGGUAUUUGCAUUGCCUUCAUGCUUGGUAAAUAGUAAAGUCCAAACGAAGCGUAGGUGCCUCCUGCCAGAAACUUUCCUUACUCUGAGUCCUUCCGGAGCUGUGGUCAAGGGAGCUAGGGUUUCCCAAGAACAAGGCGGUGCCCCAGGAUCUGGCCGUAGGGAGAGUCACCGCCAGCUGGACUCCAUCUUUGCCCCACAGGGUUUGGGAGCCCUGGGGAUGGUUCCCAGGCUGCUGGGUUCCGGGGUGCAGUGCACGAUUCUGCCGCUCGGUGGCACCACGAGCUUCUGUAAACCCUGUGGUUUUCACACACCCCAAAGGAAGCUAGAAAGCAGUCUGGCAGCAGUGACCACGGGGGAAUGGCAGCCCAGAGCUUCCUGGGGUUCCUCUGCUCGCUGGGGCCUGACAGGGCCUGUUCUGGCUGGCCAGGGGGAUGCAGAGAAGUGGCUGUGACCCAACCCAAGGAGGAGGCCACUUCCCCCAUAACUGAGCCAGCAGAGGAGAACCAGGGAGAGAGAAGCCAUGCCUCACCUGCUUCUCCCCGCUCUGCCCUUCACCCAGCUGACCCUGUGGGCUCCACAAUUGAAGAGCACAGCCCACCCACGCUCCCAUGUUGCCUAGAAGCUCCAGCCCUGGGCUUGGAGGUACCAGGCACAGCUCCAAGUCCUUACCUGGGAAUCUGCCAAAUCCUAACCUAGGAUGACCGAGGACCUCAAGCUCUGACAGGGUCCCUAAACCUGGGUGAACUUUGCCUAGAUUCAAAACCAAGCUCUUCCACUUCCUAGUUGUGUAACUUUGGGCAAGUUAUUUAACUUCCGUGAGUCUCAGCCUCCUCAUCUGUAAAAUGGGAAUAAUCGUCCACAUCUUACGAUUGUCAUGAGGACUAAAUGGUUAUGUGGCAUCUUAGCCUAGCGCAUGGCACAUAGUGAUAAAAUAAAUGUUGGCUACUAUUGUGUAUUACUACUAUAAAUA